AUGGAUGAGAAGAGGACGCUUGCUGAGAUAAAAUCUGCUAAACUUGAAGCUAAAGAUGCUGAAAGAGUAGCAAUGCAAACUUUCCGUGAUAAAAGUGCACUUCUUGAGGUGUACACAAAGGCUUCCAUUAAGCUGUACAAACAAUUAGUGCAGAUGAAGGCUAAACAACACCAGGUGAACUCAGCCAAAAUAAUCGAAAGGGAUCUUAAUGUUCUCGAAGCCAAUACUGACGACUUGGCUCAAAGAGUUUUCAAUGCUGUCCCAAGCCCAUAUAGGCGAAGGAAAGACUUUUUAUGGAACCAACUGAUCAGGGCAUAUGCUUGGGAAGGACCCUUUAAGAAAGCAAUUGAUCUGUACCAUGAAAUGGUGGAUUUUGGGGUCAAACCAACAAACUAUACGUAUCCAGUCGUGCUAAAAGCUUGUGCCGCAUUGAGAGAUACUGAAACUGGGGUAAAGAUUCAUGGUGAUCUAGAAAGACUUGGGCUUGGCGCAGAUGUUUUUGUUUGUACAGCUUUGGUUGAUUUUUAUGUGAAGUGUGGGUGUCUGGGCCAGGCAUGGGAGGUAUUUGAUGGGAUGCCUCACAGGGAUAUUGUGGCUUGGAAUGCAAUGAUUGCUGGGUGUGCAGCUCAUGGGUUGUUUGGAGAUGUACUUGGAUUAGUGUUGGAAAUGCAAGAGGAGGGUGUGAGUCCAAAUUCCUCUACUCUGGUAACCAUUUUGCCCGUUAUAGGAGAGGCUAAUGAGGUGACUCUGGGAAAAGCUGUUCAUGGUCUGUGUCUAAGGAAAGGAGUUUAUGGUGAUGUAGUUGUUGGGACCGCACUUCUGGACAUGUAUGGAAGAUGUGGGUUGUUAAAUUAUGCAAGAAGGAUAUUUGAUGGGAUGAGUUUAAAAAAUGAGGUGACUUGGAGUGCCAUGGUUGGAGCUUGUAUAACAUGUGACUCUAUGGAAGAUGGACUGCAGUUGUUUAGGCAAAUGAGGGCAGAGAAUAGUGGUGACAGUCCGUCACCUGUAGCACUUGCAGCAGUUAUCCGAGGUUUUGCUAAGCUAAUCGAUGUGGAGGCUGCAAAACAGUUACAUGGUUACACAUUAAAAUUGGGUUCCAUUCUGGAUUUAAUGGUGGGUAACACUUUGCUUUCAUUAUAUGCCAAGUGUGGCAUAAUCAAUGAUGCAUUAAGGUUCUUUGAGGAAAUGAACUUCAAGGACUCUGUUUCAUAUAGUGCGCUCAUUUCUGGAUGUGUCCAAAAUGGCAUGGCAGAGGAGGCUUUGAAACUUUUUCGUAAAAUGUGGUUAUUCGGGGUUGAACCGGAAUCAGCAACCAUUAUGGGUCUCUUCCCCGCUUGUUCCUACUUGGCUGCUUUGCGACCUGGGCGUUGUGCCCAUGGUUUUUCCAUCAGGCGUGGGUUCACUGAAGAUGUGUCUGUUUCUAACGCUCUGGUUGACAUGUACGCAAAAUGUGGUAAGAUUGAUGUUGCGAGAAUUGUGUUUAACAAGAUGCAUAAGAGGGAUGUGGUGUCAUGGAAUGCAAUGAUCAUUGGUUAUGGGAUUCACGGGCUGGGACUGGAAGCCAUUUCACUUUUCCAGAAUAUGUUGGUUGUUGGCCAAAAGCCAGAUGAUGUUACCUUUAUCAGUCUGUUAUCUGCUUGCAGCCAUGCAGGACUUAUUGCCGAAGGGAUGCAAUGGUUUCAUUCCAUGGGUAAGCAAUUCAGCAUUAAACCUAGGAUAGAUCAUUAUUUGUGCAUUGUAGACCUUUUGAGUCGUGGCGGUAGUUUAGAAGAUGCUUAUAAAAUCAUUCGGGAGAUGCCGUUGGAACCGGAUAUCCGUAUAUGGAAUGCUUUGCUUUCUGCUUGUAGGAUCUAUAAAAAAGUUGAAUUAGUUGAGGAAAUUUCAAAUAAGAUUCAGAGUUUGGGACCUGAAGGUACAGGAAAUUUGGUACUGUUAUCGAACAUAUACAGCACUGCUGGGAGAUGGGAUGAUGCUGCAGAUGUUAGAGUUAUGCAGAAGGGUUUGGGUUUCAAGAAGAUCCCAGGAAGUAGUUGGAUUGAAGUAGAUAGAGUCAUCCAUGCAUUCCUUGGUGGAGAUCAAUCUCACCCAGAGUCAGCUAGAAUCCAUGCUAAACUGCUGGAACUACAAGCAGAAAUGAAAAAGAUGGGCUAUUCUGCAGAAGCUAAUUUUGUUUAUCAAGAUGUUGAAGAGGAAGAGAAGGAACUCAUCCUCCUAUACCACAGUGAGAAGCUUGCGGUUGCAUUUGGUUUGCUUAAUAUACAUGGGAAAAGUCCUAUUUUAGUUACCAAGAAUUUGAGGGUGUGUGGGGAUUGCCACACAGCAUUGAAAAUUAUAACCAUUAUCACAGAAAGGCGGAUCACUUUGAGGGAUACAGUUCGCUUUCACCAUUUCUAUAAUGGUAAAUGUAGCUGUGGAGAUUUUUGGUAA